UAGCCAUCAACUAACCGGACAGAAUCAAUUUGUGCAAGACCCUCGUCAUAUCAAGCACACCGCCAAGAAGAGAAGCCCUCGUCCUCCCUAUUGCAUUCUCCCUACCGCUCUCCAUGGCAGACGCGCAGACGCUGGACCUGUUCGACGGCUUGCCGCUCGACUACAACUUCCUCGAGGGUGGCGGUGACGCGUCUACGGACGGCUCCAUGAACGCUGGAGGCAGCAACAGCGCCCCCACUGGAGCACCCCCUGCCGUUGGCUUUGUGCCGCCGGACGACCAAAUGCUGCUGGAUAGCGACGUGCCCGGCUCAUCGCCUACCAACAUGAUGGCGCCCAAGUCCGAGGGCGAGGACCUGCUUACGCCGCUCAGCUUCUCUUUUAACCCGAACGGAUCGACGGCCGUGGGGCAAAACUACCGCGUGGCGCCGCAGCACAAGCACAAGCGAGUGCGGUCCAACCCAGACGUGCUACAGGGCUUCGGCAUGGCCAACAUGGCGCCCAGCGUCAUUACGCCUCCCGUCAUGGGGGCCAACGGCAUGGGAUUCCCUCAGCAACACAACAUGAUGCCUAUUAAUCCGGUCCAGGUGGAGCCUCCUGUCAAUCCUAUACAGUUUAGAGGCACGGCGACACCGCAGGGAGAGUCAUUCCAAGAGAUGGAUGAGUUCCUGAAGGAACUGUCGUGGUCGGAGCUCAACCCCGAACAGCAGCAGCAGCAGCAGCAACAGCAGAUGCCAGUGGUGAACGCGGCGACGGAUGGUAGUGGUGUCCCCAGUAAUGGGGCGUCGCCUGUGGCCUACCACACCCAACGCAUUCAGGAAGGAGUGAACGAGCUCAAGAUGAAGCGUAAACGCCCAGUGAAUCACCACUCAAGGCAUCACUCGAAUCCUGUCGACUUGCUAUACAACUUGGACCAGUUUCGUGUGUUAGCGCAGCAGAACAAGGAGCAGCAGCAAGUUCCCAUGCAAGUACAACAACAGCAACAGCAGCAACAGAACAUGAACCCGAAUCAAGGAUACCCGAAUCCGUUCGCCAGUUUCCAGGACCCCACGAACUUCCCUGCGCCGCCACAGCCCAACAUGCAGCAGUUUCAAUUCCAGGUACCUCCUCAAGUUGCCAGCGGCGCCGUGCACUCACUGCAUGCACGUCGGUCAUCUCUCGGCAGCAACCUACCGCCGCGCGCAGCAGCUCGUAGACGUGGUGCCAAUCGGUCUUCAGGACUGUCAAUGGAUAUGUCCCAGAUGAACCUGGGCUUUCUCUCUGUUCCGGAGGAACCAAGCAUCGACGACCUCAACCCGCACCGAUCACCACCGCGUCGCAGCGUGAGUUCCUCUGCCUCUUCAUCCUGCAGCAAAAAGUUGGGCUCGGACGACGCGAACCGGAAGCUAUACAAGUGUGGGCGCUGCGGGCAGCCUAAGGUGGGUCACAUCUGCACGAUGCCUGACCAGCGCAACAACUGGACGCAGGUGGACCUGGAGGUCACCAAGGGCCUCAAAGUCAUGCGCAUCAACUGCCACAUAAUGCCGGUGAAGAGCAAGUGGGUUGCUCAAUGCGACGACCAUGAGCCGCCUCAACUCGCUGCCAAAGGUGGUGAAGUCAAGAGCGAAGAAGAAGUCGAGGCGGAACCGCUGGGGCUCUAAACGUCUGCCCUUGCUCGAUCAGUCAAACUGCAUGUUCUACCCGUUUAUAGCCACGUACACCUCCACACAGCACCAGAGCUGCGCACUAAUAACGAUAAUAUGGACAAAAUGUGGAUUUGUUUUAGGUGGCUGUAGGCGCCAAAGGUUUUCAGUAAACGCACAUGCAUGCUACUCUAUCAUUUAUGCUUCCUCUGCCUGUG